UUUUGUAGACUUUUGUAUGGAGAAAAAGGAGGUUUUAACAGCAAACCUAUGUUGUUGUCUGCAGGUGUCUGCAGUUUUUGUAGGUGAAUAAAGACCCAAAAACCAAGUCCUGAGUCACAUUUCUACAUCCGUUACACUGGUGCCGUGACCUUUCGGAUCAUCAGACCAGCUUGAUGCUCGUCGCCGUGGAUGCUGUGCUGCCAUCCUGAUCCACGUCUCAAGAUUAUAGUGCAGUCAGACCUGUAGAAGACCCUUGAUUGGGGCAUAGCGAUUUAUAUAUACAUAUAUUAUUUUUUUUUUCUCUUCCCCUCCAGUGUGUUGACAACUGUUUUCAUUUCUAAAUAUCUGUGUACUUCUUAUUAACCUUUCUUUUUACAUUUUUUUUUAUAUACAUAUAUAUAUAUUAUUAUUAUUAUUAUUUAUUUAUUUUUUUAUACACAACGCAAGUACAUUUCAUGGUCAAGAGUUGUUUUAAUUAACAAUGGAUGAUUUUUCUAGUCCUAUUCUGCCAAAAGGUAGAGGUGCAUGGAUAAGUGCUAUUAAUAACAGUAGGGAUGUGGGACGCUCAACAGCAAUGCCGGAUGGCUAUGCAGAUACUGGGUUAGGUCAGAUCCCAAGUUAUACUCCCACUAGUGUGCCUACAGGGGGGGGUCCACAUACUUCCACUCCUGGCAGUGAUGUUGAUGCCAUUCACCAUCUCACAGACAUGGUAGGACAGUGAGGAGCUCAGAUUGGUGAGUCUAUUGUAGCAAAGCUGAUGUCGGCUGGUGUUGUAAGCUUAAAUAGUGGUAAUCAUACUGGUCCUAUGACUGAGACCAGACCUACUGACACUACCAGACAUGAUGAUCCACAAGUGACUGUACGUGUUAAGCCUGACAGAGAACCACAGACUUUCAGAGGUGACAGCACUGACAAAAACUCAGUCCAGGACUGGAUUGACAUGACUAAGACUUACCUCAGAAAGCAAGAUGUUCCUAUACAAGACCAGGCAGAGGAAAUUAUAAGUCACUUAAUGGGCAAGGCCAGGGAUGUUGUGAAAAUCGCCCUACGCAGUAACCCAGCUCUUGACGUACGACAGAAACCAGAACUGGUGUAUGACAUUCUUCUCCAGUAUUUUAGUGAUGCUUCGUCAUGUCUUCCUCUGGCAGACUUUUACGCCACUCUGCCAAAGCACAAAGAGAACCCAGUCGAUUACUGGAUAAGACUGAAUAAGGCAGCAGAUCAAGCCAAUGAGGGCCUGCGCAGGCAAGGGAAGCAGACGGAGGACAUGGCUGAUGAAGUUGCCCUGAUGUUUGUCAAGCAUUGUCCAGACCCAGAGCUCACGAGCAUCCUCAAGUGUAAACCAGUCCACGAGUGGAACUCGCGUGAUGUUCAGCUGAGGAUUGAUGACUAUCAGAGGGAGUUGAGAGCUAGUAGCAGAACCACCAGUGCUAGUCAGCUAAAAAGCCACACUGCCUCUGUAGCUCCUGAGCAAUCCACAUCAGCAGUGUCCGAGCAGCAUCACACCCUUUGCCCCUCUUCAGCGUCGGAAACAAUUCAAGGUGAAUCCCGUCCGGCUCAGAAUUAUGCCCCUGUGCCAGCUGUGGCACAAAAUCUACAACAGUCAGAAGAUAGGCUCCUCACUCGCGUAGCGGACAUGUUUCAGGAGAUGAUGGAGAGAAUGCAGCAGCGCAGUAUUAACCGCCCGACUCGAGGAAGUAAGUUUCAAUGUAACCCUCGCGACAGACGUUCCAGAGAGGCGUUUUGCAGAGUGUGUAACGACUCUAGCCACACCACCACUUCGCACUGCAUGGCCGAGAGACUGUGUUUUGGCUGCUACGCCCCUGGCCACACCCGACCAAAUUGUCCUGUCAAAAGCUCCUCCCCUCCUCACGCUGAGGGAAACUAACUGGCCUGUAUUUGGAGGGAGGCAGUACAGGUUUCACCAAAAACUUCCAAACUGAAGAUAUGUCUGAUGCUGAGACUGUUUACAUAUCUGCGAAAGACUCAUGUAAUAACUCUACAGUUGUAUUCACAGAAUUGGCAAUAGUGACAGUCUUUUCUACACACCUGCAGUGGUGAAUGGAUUAGUGAUAGGUGGUAUGUUGGACAGUGGUUCUAUGGCCUGCAGUAUUAAUGAAAAGGCUGAGAUGAAACUGAGAAAUGCUGGGUCAAUUACAGAUCAGACGUGUGUUGACGUGAAUGUAGUCCUUGUUGGUUGCGGCGGGCUUCGUGUUAAACCCAAAUGUGCUUUUGAUGUGGAGAUGGAAGUGUAUGGCUGUAGGAUGUUGGUUCCCACACUAGUUGUUCCAGGACAGCAUGACGAGUUGAUCAUAGGAACUAAUGUCAUAAAACACGUCAUGCAUCAGUCUAAGCAGCGUGAAUUAUAUUGGGACACCAUGUCUGGUCCCUGCUCAACCGUUGACUCAGAAACGGUAAAUUUCCUGUCUAUGCUCUCUGGUGUGAACCCUUGGAAAGGGGAUGCAGUUCCUGACAAAGUUGGAACGGUGAGGUGUAACUCAGCCACAUGUCUCGAGCCUGGUCGGGAAUAUCUCAUCUGGGGAAAAUUGCAGAAAAACACUGUUGUUUCACCUGGCAGUGCUGUCAUGUCAGAGCCUACGUCAUCACGAUCAAUUCCUAGAGGCAUUAUGGUUGCGAGCCUUGUAACUACACUCUGGGGAGACGGAUGGGUCCCACUCAAGCUAGUCAACACAACAAGCAAGUCUAUAGUGCUGAGGCGCAACGCAAAACUGGCUGACAUCUUCUCCUGUGUAGCACUUGAGGAUAUGGAUGUUGCUGAUAGCCCUGAGGUUGCCCUCCCCAGUUACACUCAGUCAACUGUGCCACUUGCUCCUGAAGCAGAUUCUGUCAAAGACCGGCUCAUGUCAGUUAGACUCAGUAAUGUUGACAUUGAGUCAUGUGAGGUGUCAGCGGAUUGCAAGAGAAAAAUUAACGAUCUUGUCUUGCAGUAUGAGGACAUAUUUUCAAAACACCACCUAGACUGUGGUGAGGCGAAAGGUUUUGUUCACCGUAUAUACCUGUCCGACAACAGACCAUUUAGACUCCCAUACAGAAGAGUGCCCCCUGGUCAAUACCAGAAACUUCGCCAAGUGUUGAACGAGAUGGAGGAGAAAGAAAUCAUUAAAAAGUCAUCCAGUGGAUAUGCAUCGCCUCUGGUGCUUGUGUGGAAGAAGAACGGAGAUCUCCGCAUCUGUACAGACUUUCGGUGGUUGAAUAGGAGAACCCUGAAGGACGCCCACCCUCUUCCUCAUCAAGGGGACUGUUUGGCAGCGCUUGGAGGCAACUGCCUGUUCUGUACAAUGGAUCUGACCUCCGGCUUUUACAACAUGCCCCUUCACGAGGAUGAUAGGAAGUAUUCUGCCUUCACCACACCCAUGGGCCUGUUCGAAUACAACCGUUUGCCACAAGGUCUCUGUAACAGCCCAGGGAGCUUCAUGCGCAUGAUGACCAGCAUCUUUGGUGACCAAAAUUAUCUGAGUCUGCUGUGCUACUUGGAUGAUCUGCUGGUGUUUGCACCCGACGAGAAGACUGCCUUGCAACGGCUGGAGCUGGUGUUUAGUAGGUUGCGUGGUCAUAAUCUAAAGUUGUCCCCUAAGAAAUGCUUCUUCCUCAGGAGAUCCGUAAAAUUUCUUGGUCACAUUAUAGACGAGAAUGGCGUUUCAACAGACCCAUCUAAGGUUGACAGCAUCACAAGCAUGACGAGCAAAGACUUGAUGGAGCCUGAUGGCAAGACACCUUCUCAGAAGAGAAUUAGGUCCUUUUUAGGGAUGGUGAAUUACUACCAACACUUUGUGCCCAGGUUCUCCGCCAUCGCCAAGCCGCUUUUUGAUCUGCUGAAAGGUGGAAAAAGGAAAGGCAAACAGCUCAAGAUCAAAUUGUCAAGUAGGAAGCUACAUGAAACUGACUGGACUAGAGAGCAGGACCGAGCUUUUGAAGACCUGAAGGCCUUGCUAGUUGGAAGUGUCGCCUUGGCCCACCCUGACUUCACCAGACCCUUCAUGCUGUCGACUGAUGCAUCACUGGAUGGCUUGGGAGCUGUGUUGUCCCAAAUCCUGGAAGGCGAUACGCGUGCCAGACCUAUUGCUUUUGCCAUGACAAGCUAUGAAAAGUACGUUACAUGUCUCACUGAAGAUCUGAAGGAAGCGAUGGAGAUUGCCAAAGACCAUUCUGGUAGAGAGCAGUACAGGCAUGCACAGUUGUACAACAGGAAAGUGAAAGGUUCCGACAUUAACAUCGGUGACAGAGUGCUCAUGGCCAACAAGAAAGACAGGGUGUCAGGAACUGUUAAUGUGGAAGGAGCCGGAGAGACCCAGUUUAAGAGUGACAGUGUGUCUUUUAUUGCCAGUGGCAGUCUUGAUGCUGACGAUGACAAAGAUUCACCUGCAUCUGAUAUUCAUCCCGUGUGCGUGAUGCCGAUACGCCUAACAGCAGUGCCUCCGACCCAGGAGAAGGCCCCCUCCACUGCCGCAGAGAAAGAGCCCGAAGCCACGGAGGAGGAGCCGGCAGCAUCUUCAACCAAGGAGGCCGAGACUAAGGAGGGUGACAGCAAGGCGGGGGCAGGCGAUGCAGGGCCCACAGAGAACGGAGAGCAGAAGGCCGAUGUCGAAGCCGGGGAGGAGAAGGAAGGAAAGGGCACAGAGAAGAAAGAUCAUUCCUUCUCUCCCUCAUUGCUGGACAUCUACUCACAACCCACCAGUUUGCUACACUCACGACAGACGCAUCAUCUGUUUUUCCAGAGGACUCAGAUACAGACUGAUAGGCCCACCAUCCCAACAAACACGUCUUCCAAACAGCCUGUCUCACAGACUCCUCUAGCCGUCUACCCCACUAAUCAGCCAAUCAUGAAGCCCAUGGCAUCCAUGCCUUUCCCUUACCUGCGGGCUGCACAGCAGCUGAGCAGCAGCCAGCCUCCAGAGCCGUGGCCUCAGCUACAGAAACAGCCCCAGCAGCCCCAACGGCAGCAGCCUUUGACAAAAGGGGCCUCCCACACCAAACCAGGGCCAGACCGGGCCGAUCCCAGUGGGAAGCGUAAAACGUAUGACAGGGCCUUCCAGUUGAGCUUCAAGCCUGCCUGCAUACAGAAACCUGAGGGACUCCCACCAAUCAGUGACGUGGUGCUAGACAAGAGGAGUGCAUUCAAGUUUCCAUCUCGGGACGUGGAUUCUCGUGUGAUCUCCAGAGGACCUGGUUUCACACCUGCCUUUGCAGAUUUUGGCAGACAAAAGGUGGUAGGACGAGACGCUCCCCUUAAAAACCUUGGGGCCCGGCGACCACCACCCAGGAAGAUCAUCAUGGGCCUGUCUUUGCACGACGAUGUUCAGCUGAAGAAAUCAGAGAAUGCCUGGAAACCAGGCAUGAAGAGGGAAAGCCUCCCAGGGGAACCAGAGUCCAACAAAACACAGGACCUGUUCAAGAAGGUCCGAAGCAUCCUGAACAAGCUGACGCCGGAGAAGUUCAGCCAGCUGGUGAAGCAGGUGUGGGACCUGACCAUCGACACUGAGGAGCGGCUCAAAGGAGUCAUCGACCUGGUGUUUGAAAAGGCCAUCGACGAGCCCAGCUUCUCGGUGGCCUACGGGAAAAUGUGCCGCUGCCUCGCCACGCUCAAAGUGCCCAUCACUGACGCUCCCAACAACACAGUGAACUUUCAAAAGCUGCUGCUAAGCCGCUGCCAGAAGGAAUUUGAGAGAGACAAGGUGGAUGAUGUGGUGUUUGAGAGGAAGCAGAAGGAGCUGGACUCUGCUGCAUCGACGGAGCGUGACCGACUUCAGGUAGAGCUGCAGGUGGCCAAGGACAUUGCCCGGCGGCGAUCCAUCAGCAACAUAAAGUUCAUUGGUGAACUCUUCAAGUUAAAGAUGCUAACGGAGGCCAUCAUGCAUGACUGCGUGGUGAAGCUGCUGGGGAACCACGACGAAGAUUCCCUGGAGUGUCUCUGCAGGCUGCUCACCACCAUCGGCAAGGACUUUGAUUUAGUGAAGGCCAAGCCUCGGAUGGAUCACUAUUUUAAGCAAAUGGAAAAAAUCAUCAGAGAGGGGAAGACGUCUUCACGGACAAGGUUCAUGUUGCAGGACACCAUAGACCUGAGAUUGCACAAAUGGGUGUCAAGAAGAGCCAACCAGGGUCCAAAGACAAUUGAUCAGAUCCACAAGGAGGCAAAGCUUGAAGAGGAAGAGGAGCAGAGAAAAGUGCAGCAGCAACUGUACUUCAAGGACACCAGGAGACGGCCAGAGCAGAGGGAGCAGAGGGAGCAGAGAGAUCCGCAAGUACAGGGAGAGGAGACCUGGAACACUGUGCCCAUGAGGAAGAAUGGCAGGACCAUCGACCCCAACAAGAUCCCAAAGAUCUCCAAGUUCGACCCCUCACCUCAACCCUCCACCACUCCUCCACAGAACCCAGACAUCGACGCCGGGACAACUCACGGAAGUCGUAGCCGUACAGAAAAAAAGUGCAGCAACAAGCCGCUGAUCUCUGCACCGAAAGUCACUGAGGUCGAAUCUGAGCCAGAGCGUAGCAGAGUCCGAGAGCCUGUGAAACCUGAGCCUGUCCAGAUGAGAGAGAAACCUGCUCGGUCUGAGGAGGAGAUCGAGAGGAAGUGCAAGUCCAUCAUCGACGAGUUCCUGCACCUUAAAGAUUUCAAGGAGGCUGUCCAGUGUGUGGUGGAGCUUGAUCUGGGCUCUCAGUCACACAUCUUCAUACGCGUGGGGGUGGAGUCGACUCUGGAGCGCAGUCAGAUCACACGGGACCACUUGGGCCAGCUCCUCUUCCAGCUGGCGCAGAAGGGAAUCCUGCCCAAACCCCAGUUCUACAAAGGGUUUGCAGACACGCUGGAGCAAGCGGACGACAUGGCCAUCGACGUUCCCCACAUCUGGCUGUACCUGGCCGAGCUGCUCAGCCCUGUGCUGAAGGAGGGGGGCUUCUCUAUGAGAGAGCUCUUUAGUGAAUUAAGCAAACCUUUGCUUCCUGUGGGAAGAGCUGGGAUCUUGAUCUCUGAAAUACUGCUCAUACUAUGCAAACAAAUGGGCCAUCGUACUGUGGCUUCUCUGUGGGAAGAAUCAGGCCUCAACUGGACUGACCUUCUGCCGGAGGAAGAGGACGUCCAGGCUUUCAUCUCACAACAGAAACUCCAGUUUCUUCAGCCACAGAGUCCGAGUGUCUCAGAGCACAAACCUGAGCCAGAGGGCAGCAGUGUCCGAGAGCCUGAUGAUGCGCCAAUCAUGCAGGCUUUGAACAGCCUUGCAGAGUCAGAGACUGAGCUGGAGACAGCCGCCGUUGAGCCUUCUCUCAUGCCCCCCGCUUCACUACAGCCCCAAGCCUCUAGCCCUGCUUACAGAGAGGCCUCCUCUGAAACUUUGCCUGCUGACACCACUCCUCAACAGAACCCCAAAUUCGACGCCGGGACAACUCUGGGAAGCCGUACAGGCAGGAAGCGCAGGAAGAACAGAAAGCGCAGCGCAAAGCCGCUGAGCUCUGCACCGUCUCAGCCGGAUCUGUACACAAGGGGAAGCAGCUCAAAGGAGCUGCUGGAGAGUCCAACCCCGGAGGAGCCGCCAAGAGACAAGGAUGCGCCAAACCGGCAGGCCAACCCACCUGAAGCGGCCAACUCAAGUGAGCGUCUCUCAGCCAAGGAACCAGCCUCUUCUCACUUGUCCUCAGUCGAGGAGCUGAAACCCUCUUUGGUGCCACCUCAGACUCUGAACACAGACAAGCCUCUCUUAGACGCCCCUGGAACUCUGGCUGCCUUGUCUGGAGCAGCCCCCUUGGCUUUGAACAGCCUUGCAGAGUCAGAGACUGAGCUGGAGACAGCCGCCGUUGAGCCUUCUCUCAUGCCCCCCCCUUCACUACAGCCCCAAGCCUCUAGCCCUGCUUACAGAGAGGCCGCCUCUGAAACUUUGCCUGCUGACACCACUCCUCAACAGAACCCAGACAUCGAAGCCAGGACAACUCUGGGAAGCCGUACAGGCAGGAAGCGCAGGAAGAACAGAAAGCGCAGCGCAAAGCCGCUGAGCUCUGCACCGUCUCAGCCUGAUCUGUACACCAGGGGAAGCAGCUCAAAGGAGCUGCUGGAGAGUCCAACCCCGGAGGAGCCGCCAAGAGACAGCGAGCCAGAGGGAGCAGUGCCUAGGAGACCGAAUGUCUCAGAGCACAAAUCUGAGCCAGAGGGCAGCAGUGUCUCUAGUCCUGCUUACAGAGAGGCCGCCUCUGAAACUUUGCCUGCUGACACCACUCCUCAACAGGACCCACACUUCGAAGCCAAAUGUGUGAAGGAGAACCUGGCUGAAUCUCACCUGAGCUCGUCUCCCUACCUGAGGGCGUUGAUGACGGCUGUCUGUAAGGCAGCAGUGAAAGAUAACACCAACUGUCGAGUGCACACGGCCCUCAUUCAAAAGAGAUUACCUGUAUUGCUCCAGUACCGGAACUCAGAGAGUGAGCGACAGCUGCAUGCUCUUCAGGAACUUCAGUCGCUGAUCGUCGCCCUCGAUCAUCCUCCAAACCUCCUCCGGAUAUUCUUCGAGUGUAUGUACGACGAGGACGCAUUCUGCAAGUCGGGGACGGGAAAAGACCCGGCCAAUCAGCUGGAUAAGGGCGUGGCCCUGAAGACCGUCACAGCCUUCUUCACCUGGCUUCGGGAGGCGGAGUCAGACGACAAUUGA